UUCCCCCUUCCUCCUCCUCCUCCUCCACUCCCCCUUCCUCCGGGGGGCGGGGAAACCUCGCCUUACUGCCCGCCCCUAUUGUUCCGCCCCUGGCCUCCCGCCCUUCCCAUUCCCACCCGUUCCCCUUUUCCCCUCAGUUGCCUCGCGCCUGCAGUUUUUGGCUUUCACCCCCACCAGUGACCAAAGACUUGACCGCUCAAAGUCCAGCUCCCCAGAACAGUGCUCGACAUGGACACUGGUGUGACUGAAGGUGGAUUAAAUGUCACUCUCACCAUCCGGCUACUUAUGUAUGGAAAGGAAGUUGGCAGUAUCAUUGGAAAGAAAGGAGAAUCAGUUAAGAAGAUGCGCGAGGAGAGUGGUGCAUGUAUCAACAUCUCAGAAGGGAAUUGUCCUGAGAGAAUUAUCACUUUGGCUGGACCCACUAAUGUCAUCUUCAAAGCCUUUGCUAUGAUCAUUGACAAACUGGAAGAGGACAUCAGCAGCUCUUUGACCAAUAGCACAGCUGCCAGUAGACCCCCGGUCACUCUGAGGCUGGUGGUCCGUAGUCAGGGUGGCUCUGUCAUUGGAAAAGGUGGUUGCAAGAUCAAGGAAAUACGAGAGAGUACAGGGGCUCAGGUCCAAGUGGCAGGGGAUAUGCUCCCCAACUCAACUGAGCGGGCCAUCACUAUUGCUGGCAUUCCACAAUCCAUCAUUGAGUGUGUCAAACAGAUCUGCGUGGUCAUGUUGGAGACUCUCUCCCAGUCCCCCCCGAAGGGCAUGACGAUCCCGUACCGGCCCAAGCCGUCCAGUUCUCCGGUCAUCUUUGCAGGUGGUCAGGACAGGUACAGCAUAGGCAGCGACAGUGCGAGGUUUCCCCACACCACCCCGUCCAUGUAUCUCAACCCUGACCUGGAGGGACCACCUCUAGAGGCCUAUACUAGUCAAGGACAGUAUGCCAUUCCACAGCCAGAUUUGACCAAGCUGCACCAGUUGGCAAUGCAACAGUCUCAUUUUCCCAUGACGCAUGGCAACACCGGAUUCAGUGGUUUGGAUGCAUCUGCUCAGACUACUUCUCAUGAACUCACUAUUCCAAAUGAUUUGAUUGGCUGCAUAAUUGGGCGUCAAGGCGCCAAAAUCAAUGAGAUCCGUCAGAUGUCUGGGGCACAGAUCAAAAUUGCAAACCCAGUGGAAGGAUCUACUGAUAGGCAGGUUACCAUCACUGGAUCUGCUGCCAGCAUUAGCCUGGCUCAAUAUCUAAUCAACGUCAGGCUUUCCUUGGAGACGGGUGGCAUGGGGAGCAGUUAGAACAAUGCAGAUUCAUCCAUUAUCCCUUUCUGCUGUUCACCACCACCCAUGAUCCAUCUGUGUAGUUUCCGAACAGUCAGCAAUUCCAGGUUUUAAAUAGUUUGUAAAUUUUCAGUUUCUACACACUUUAUCAUCCACUCGUGAUUUUUUUAAUUAAAGCGUUUUAAUUCCUUUCUCUGUUCA